AUGCGCAGGCUCAACGCUAGCCGCCGCCCGGCUACGCGCCCUGACAGAGGUCGUAGCCCAGAAAUCAUCGAUCAAGAUAAGCAAACCAAGUUGUCCCUUCUCCGGUGUUUCUUAUCGCAUUGGUCCGAGCGCCCCGAUAACCCGCCGCAAAAGAUUUCUCCGUCUAAUUUUCUUUCCUCUAUUAUUCAACCCCAAUCACAAUACACUAUGGUUACAGGGAAAGGAAAGCGCUCUUCAGGCACCGCUGAGGCCGCUUCCGCGACGAGCACAUCAGCUCCAGCUGCGGAAACUAUGCCCUCCAUGCCAGACGAGAGCGCCUUCGCGGGCCUACGACAGAAAAUCGAACAGCGUUUGAAGACCCAGAAUCAGAGCGCCGGGAAAGGCAAGAAGGAUAAUACCAAGCCACCAGCCCCUACCGCCAAUGCUUUCGCAAACAAAGGAAAGCAAUAUCCCGCCAAGCCCAGCCGUCCUCAGGAUUCUGCGCAAGGCAAGAAGCGGGAUCGCAGCGGCGAGGUGAUUGCUCGGGAGCAGAAUAAGGGUGGAAUGGACAAGCAAGAAAAGCCUAGAUUUGACAAGAAGAGCAACGACGACGAGACACUACGCCAAGAAAUUCUAGCUAUGGGUGGUACCGAGGAGGAUCUUGAUCUUCUUGCUGGUGUCGACUCCGAGUCUGAGGUUGAGGGCGAGUCCGGCAAGGUCGACGAUGAUCUUCGCAAGCAGCUCUCCAGCAUGUUGGAGGCUUCAGGGCACGUCGUGCCCGAGGAUCUAGCAGAUGACGAAGUCGAAGACGUCGAGGAGGAAAUAGAAAGCGAGGAUGACAUCGAGAACAGCGAGGACGAGGCAGAAAGCAGUGGGCCGGAAUCUGACAUUGAGGAAACCCCUGCUCCGAAGUAUGAAGCUACGGUGCCUAAGGAGUAUUUGAAGCUGAAUGUUCUUCCUCGGUCCGACUGGUACAAUAUUCCCAUGCCAUCCUCCGCCAAAGACACGAAACAGAUGAACGCCUUACCCCGCCACCUGAUGGAGCGCGUUCACGAGCUGGCCAACAAAUUGCUACAGGAAGAAAAUGAGGAGUAUGCGGCAGCCCAGAGAGCAUCUGCUUCUUCUUCCCACAAGUUCUACUCGACCAUUAUGGCGUCUGGUACCCUGAGCGAUAAAAUUUCCGCCUUGACUCUUAACGUUCAAGAGUCGCCUCUGCACAACACCAAAGCGCUGGAAACUUUGAUUGGUCUCGGAAAGAAGCGUAGUCGUGCGCAGGCAGUUGAAGUUCUGCGAUCAUUGAAGGAUAUGUUCGCACAGGGUACAUUGCUUCCCAGCGACCGACGAUUGAAGUCUUUCACUAAUCAACCUGGGCUCGUCGCUGCAUUCCAAGGCGCCGGUGGGCGGUGGAACGAGAAAGACCCUCUUCCGGGUGGUUUGAAAAAGAGCGAGCUGAUUGUGUGGGCCUUUGAAAACUUUGUUAAAGAUCAAUACUUCGAAGUCAUCAAGAUCCUCGAGAUUUGGUGCAAUGACGAGAUCGAAUUCUCACGUACUCGGGCUGUCAGUUAUGUCUACGAACUUCUCAAGGAGAAGCCCGAACAGGAGACCAAUCUUCUGCGACUUUUGGUGAAUAAGCUCGGAGACCCGGGCAAGAAAAUCGCCUCUCGGGCAUCAUACCUGUUGCUCCAACUUAUGCAGUCGCAUCCUAUGAUGAAGCCGAUCAUCAUCAAGUCAGUGGAAGAAGUGCUGUUCCGCCCUGGCCAGAGCACCCACGCCAAGUACUACGCUGUCAUCACUCUGAACCAGACCAUCUUGAGACUGAAGGAAGAAAAAGUGGCUGCUCAGCUGCUGGAUAUCUACUUUGGAAUGUUCCUCGUGCUUUUGAAGCCCUCCCACCAGGGCAAAGCUGAUUCCAACGGGAAGCCCGCUCCCAAGGGGAAAUACAACAAGCAUGGAAAGGGAUCUAAGGGCAAAGGCGACGACGAUGCUGCCAAGGGACAGGCCCAGGACGACGAGAUGCGGGAGAAGCUGAUCUCUGGUGUCUUGACCGGUGUCAACCGUGCUUAUCCUUUCACUGACUCUGAUUCUGAACGCAUGUCAAAGCACCUCGACACCUUGUUCCGUAUCACGCACUCCUCGAACUUCAACACCAGCAUUCAAGCUCUUAUGCUGAUUCAGCAGCUCACCGUGGCUAACAAAGUCUCCGGCGAUCGCUUCUACCGCACUCUGUACGAAUCCUUGCUCGACCCUCGUGUUGCCACCUCAUCAAAGCAAUCUCUCUACCUCAACCUCCUAUACAAGGCUCUCAAGAAUGAUCUAAACGUCCGCCGAGUCAAGGCAUUCGUGAAGCGUCUUGUUCAGGUACUUGGCAUGCACCAGCCCUCUUUCAUCUGCGGUGUCUUCUUCAUGAUUCGUGAGCUCGAGAAGACCUUCACCGGCCUCUCGUCCUUGGUCGAUCAGCCAGAGGAGAACGAUGAUGACGACGAAGAGGUCUUCCGUGACGUCCUCGAUGAGGAUGACGAACAGCCGGAACCUACUCCUGUUGUCGAAGCCAAGAAGCAGACCAACGUAUACGAUCCCCGCAAGCGAGACCCCGAGCACAGCAAUGCCGAACGGAGCUGCCUUUGGGAAUUGCUGCCUUUCACCACUCACUUCCAUCCAUCCGUCUCUCUUAACGCUACCAACCUGCUUGAGCACAAGCCCAUGAGUGGCAAGCCAGAUCUGACUCUGCACACUCUCACUCACUUCCUCGACCGUUUCGUGUACCGCACGCCCAAGGCCAAUGCCAGCUCCCGCGGUGCUUCUAUCAUGCAGCCCCUGGGUGGUGGCGAAGUUGCCGAUCGCUUGGUGGAGGCCGGCAAGAAGGCAGAGAACCAGCUGCCUCUCAACACCGAAGCCUUCUGGAAGAAGAAGGCCAACGAUGUUGCCGCCGAGGAUGUCUUCUUCCACGAAUACUUCACUCGUGUCAACAAGGACAAGGAGAAGGUUCGCUCCAAGAAGAGCAAGGACGUUGAUGCCGAAGAUCACUCCGACGAAGGUCUUAGCGAAGAUGAAGACCAGAUCUGGAAAGCGCUCGUCGACUCUCGCCCCGAGCUCGAAGCCGACGAGGACAGCGACGACGAUUUGGACAUGUCCGAUUUGGAAUCUGCCUUGGACUCCGACGAAGAUGGCGAAGGCGACGAGGACGACUCCGACGGCGGUGUCAUCUUCAACGACGAGUCCGACGUUCCCUCCGACGAGGAAAUGGCCGAGUUCAGCGAGCCCGAGGAAGCCGCGGCCCCAGCCAAGACCAAGAAGACCGCGAAGAAGCCCUCCAAGGAAGCCGAGGAGGACUCCGACGACUUCGAUAUGGACGUCUCGGACGACGAUGCCUUCAUCGACAGCGACGAGGAGCUGCCCUCGGAUAUGGAAUUCGGUGGAGUCGAGCUCGAAGAGCCCGAAAAGCCUGCCGAUGCUGCCGCUCCCGAGUCGAACCGCAGCAAGCGUCGCAAGCUCAAGCAGCUUCCUACUUUCGCCUCUGCGGACGAUUACGCUGCGCUGCUGGCGAACGAGGACUCCGAUGUGGGUAUGUAA